AUGUUUACUCCCAAGCAACACCCUCUCAAAGAGGGUCGCUCUUUCCCGGGGUUGCCUGAUGCCGGACCGUCGCGGAGGACACUCAAACAUCGCCAAACAGCCAUCAUUAUUCUAGUUCUUAUAUGUGUUCCAUUAAUCUAUUUCUUCUCUUCUACUGGCUCCGAGCCGAGUAUUCAAUCAGGACCAAGGACCCCCGCCGAUAAGCUGAGGGCGUAUACGUCUGACCCCGAGGUGGUUCUCAGUCCAAACCCCGAUGCAGCACGACAACAACCAAAUGUUCCAGGAGCUGAUCCGGUUGCCGAGUAUCCGGCCAACCGCCCAAAACAAGAUGCGCCACCGUUCAAAGCACCGCCCGCUGAAGAGGAACUUCAACCAGCGGCGCCGGCAGAUCCUCGACCUCCAGUGCAGAACGCAAGAAUGCAACCACAGGCCAAUUACGCGGACGAUGAAGAACCAGCUGACGAAGAACCCCUUCAGCCGGCGAAGCGGCCGACGACGUCAAAGCAAAAGCCAUCAACUGCUGAGUCCAACCAGUUCUCUGAGCGUCCCAAGUUCGAGAAGGCUUUGACCCGAGUCAUCAGUCUCAUGCCUGGCGAAAUGGAGGGUCGAGACUUGCUUCGGCCUGUUGAAGGUACCGGGAAGGAGAAGUUGCGGGAAAUGGGUCUGCGAGCUCGUGAAUAUAAGAAAUUCUUCCAGGCUUGGGAAGACCUUCACCUGGCAUUUGACGAGGAAGGCGGUAGCUAUGUUCGCGACGAUGUGAUUCAAUAUCUUCGCCAUCACGUUCAUCAGCCGACAUCCGAAGAUCCUGCAGAUUCGGGAAUUGCACAAAUGAUUCAUACCUACGAGGCAUAUCGUUAUUUCCUCGUCAAGUUUGGCCAGUUGCUUUUCCCUUGGACAGCGCCUUACUUCCCCGAUCACAUGGCCUUGCAUUCCCACUUCAGAAAGGGAGGGCGAGGCCUCGUCCUUACGGCCGGAGACGACCAAGCACCUUAUCUCUUGACAACCAUUCCCAUCUUCCGCAAGCUUGGGUGCGACCUCCCAAUCGAAGUCAUGUACCUGGGUGAUUCCGAUUUGAGCGAGGAUUACCGUGCGGAUUUGGAAGCGCUGGAAGGGGUCGUGACCCGAGACAUUGCCCAAAUGGUGAAUGAUGAGGGCUGGAAAUUGGCCGGUUGGGCCGCCAAACCAUUUGCGAUUCUGUUUUCCAGUUUCCGAGAGGUCAUCUUUAUCGACGCCGACAGCUUGUUCAUGAAGAACCCGGAAGUAUUGUUUGAUGACCCAUCCUACCGAAAAACGGGUGCUCUUUUCUUCAGGGACCGACUGAUCAUGCCCGAGUCCAAGAAACGUUGGCUUCAGCAAAUUCUUCCCAAGCCAAUCUCAAGACAGGUGAAGCAGAGCCGCUUUUGGACCGGUGACAGCGGUCACAUGCAGGAAUCCGGUGUGAUUGUUGUCGAUAAGUGGAAGCACUUUAUUGCCCUUCUGCUUGUCACGAGAAUGAACGGUCCUGAUAGAGAUGGCAACAAGGAUGAGGGUAGAGUCGGUGUCUAUGACAUGGUGUACGGUGACAAGGAAACAUUCUGGUUAGGAUGGGAACUCGUAGGCGAUCAAGACUACACCUUCCAUCAAGGUGACGCCGGCACUAUGGGUGUCGUGCAGCCACCCAAGGAGACAGAAGAGAAGAAAGACCGACCCAAGAAGAUUGUGAAGACAAAGAAGAAGGAGAUCAAGCUUGACGGGGAUGGUAACGAACAUGAAGAAGAAAUCGAGGUCGAGGAGGAGGUGGAGGACGAUUCGGCACCGGAAGUUGAAACCGAUCCUGAAACUUAUACGAUUUGCUCACCACAGCUUCUCCAUCUCGACCUAGAAGGCAAUCCAUUGUGGUUCAAUGGAUGGCUCCAGGAUAACAAAUUCGCCGACAAGAAGAAGAGAAAGUUUGGCAAAUUCGAACACUAUCUGAUCGAGCCUAGGGAUAUUCGAGAGCCAGGAGCGUGGCAACUGGAAGAGAGCAACAUGUGUUGCCUGACGACCGAUGCUCCUCUCAAGAAGGAUUUUACGCAGGCAGAAAAGGAUCUUUUGAAUAUGAUGAUACAACAAGCCAGAGAUGUUGGUAUGAGUGGCUAG